AUGUGCCACACCAGCUGCUCCACUGGCUGCCAGCCUCCCUGCUCCAUGCCCGUGUGCUGCCGCCCAGCCUGCUGUGUGACCCUGCUGUGCCGCCCACUGUGCCCUGUGGUGCCCAGCUGCCAGGCAGUCUGUGGGGGUGGCAGCUGCUCACCCUCCUGCUGUGUGUCCAGCCCCUGCCAGGCCACCUGCUCUGUGUCCAGUCCCUGCCAGGCCAGUUCCUGCAGCCCGUCCUGCUGUGUGUCCAGUCCCUGCCAGGCCACCUGCUCUGUGUCCAGCCCCUGCCAGGCCAGUUCCUGCAGCCCGUCCUGCUGUGUGUCCAGCCCCUGCCAGGCCACCUGCUCUCUGUCCAGCCCCUGCCAGGCCAGUUCCUGCAGCCCCUCCUUCUGUGUGUCCAGCCCCUGCCAGUCUGCUUGCUGCGUGCCCGUCUGCUGCAAACCCGUGGUGUGUGUGCCCGUGUGCACCAAGCCUGUGGCCUGUGGGGCCUCGGCCUGCCAGGUCUCCUGCUGCCAGCCAGCUUCCUACACCACCCUUGUGUGCAGACCCUCCUGUGCCCCCUCCUGCUGCUCCUAACAAGGGUGCAGCCAGACUGAGAAUCCCGACUUGGGUCAUCGGGGCCAGCCCUGCUGAGUGCCUUCUCUGCGAUUCUGAUCUGGUCAACAGGAGCCUCCAGCCCCUCCCUGAAAGCCCUGGAGCAGAGGUCCUGCUCGGCGCCCACUUAGCCCGGUGGCUCUCCUCUCUCAAGCCUUGUUGGCUGCUCAUCUGCCUUGGCAAGAAGCACUCCCUGCCAGCUAAUAAAUGGGCCUGACUGAGGCGGCUCCA